GGCAAUGCAAGACGCUUCUUGCUUCCGCACUCAUUCUCAAAUUUAAGCCCUUUUUAUCUCUUUAUUUUUAUUUUUUGGGUAAAUAAACGAGUCAAGUAAAACCUCAAAACAAACAAAAGCAAGUUUUAGGGUUUUCUCUAUCGAUCCCUGACUCUCCCCAAAAUAGAAGGGAGAUUGUGACACAAUCUUCAUGGACCGUCUUCGUCGUAGAGACCGAAAAAGUUUCACUGGCUUUACAAAUACAGAGAUAAAGAAGAUGGAGAAAAUGUUGGAGGUGUCCAGGGAAACUGUAUUAGACAAGGAGUUUUGUCAAUACGUUGCAAAAGCUUUUAAUCGCUCUUCUGGUCGGGCUGGGAAGCCUGUUGUAAAAUGGACUGAGGUGCACAGUUGGUUCCAUAAUGCAAAACAGGAAUCUGCAAAAGCCUCCAAAAAUGUGCUUGAACUAGCAGGAGCUUCUCUUCCAGUCAAAAGCUCUGCAAAGCCUGCAGCAGAAGAGAAGAAUCAAGACUUAUCAGAGUUGGAAUUUGAGGCAAGGUCAGCAAAAGAUGGGGCAUGGUAUGAUGUUGAUAUGUUUCUUGCACACAGAGUUCUAAGUACUGGUGAAACUGAAGUUCGUGUCAGAUUUGUUGGAUAUGGAGCAGAAGAGGAUGAGUGGAUCAAUAUAAAAAAGGCAGUACGAGAACGUUCAGUUCCUCUCGAACAUUCAGAAUGUCACAAAGUAAAGGUUGGAUAUCCUGUCCUCUGCUUCCAGGAGAAGGGUGACCAAGCCAGCCAUUAUGAUGCUCAAGUAUUAGAAAUCCAAAGGAGGAUGCAUGAUAUAAGGGGCUGCCGAUGUAUCUUUCUGGUUCGGUACAAUCAUGAUGAAAGUGAGGAAAGAGUUCGUCUGAAAAGAUUAUGUGGUAGACCAACUUAUAAUUAAGACAGUUUUUCAUAUACUGCUUAUGUCACUUUUAAGAAGGGCACAACCUUGUAUUGCAUUUUCAAGUUUGGGGCGGGUUGGGGCGUUUUAACAAUUAGUGGAUAAAUCAUCACCACAACUUGCAAGAUUAAGAUUACUGCUGCUUAUGUAUAUGUACAUAUAUUUUAUAUAUUCUGGUGAUAAUAUAGGGGGGAUAAUUCUAGUUCUACUUUGAUAUUAUGUUCAUCUGGAUGAUUAGGAUAUAAACAAUGUUCUAAACAGUAAUCGUCCUUUUGAACUGUUGUUUAUUGGUAGGUAAUUUAAGUUUUUACAGGCCAAA